AUAACAAUAAUAGUGAAAUAAAACAAUAUUAAAAAACAAUGGUUUCACUAGGAAAGAGUAUUAAAACAAUACUCCAAGGAAUUAAAUUAACAACAAUAUCAAUAAAUCGUCCAUACUCAAUUGUUGAAAAAUCAAAAUAUUUGUCAUUAAAAUAUCAGUUAAAAAAUUCAUUUAAAAUAUAUUCAUUAUCAACAAGGAAUUCAUCAAGUCUUGAAAAAGAUGAAAUUUGUAACAUAGGUACCAUUGGUCAUGUCGAUCAUGGUAAAACAACAUUAACAGCAGCAAUAACAAAAGUACUGUCUGAAGAAAAUAAAAAUUGUAAAUAUGUGCCAUUUGAUCAAAUAGACAAAGCACCACAAGAAAAAUCAAGAGGAAUAACAAUAAAUGUUGCACAUGUUGGAUAUCAAACUAAAAAAAGAAGGUAUGCACAUACAGAUUGCCCAGGACAUGCUGAUUUUAUUAAAAAUAUGAUAAGUGGUGCAUCCCAAAUGGACGGUGCUAUUUUAUUAGUGGCUGCUGAUGAUGGUACAAUGCCACAAACAAGAGAACAUCUGUAUCUUGCUAAACAACUUGGUAUCACUAAAAUUGUCAUAUACAUCAACAAGGCUGAUUUGGUUGAUGAGGAGUUAUUGGAUCUUGUUGAGAUAGAAGCUAGAGAGCUAUUAACAAAUAUUGGCUUUGAUGGGUGUGAAGCACCAGUUGUUAGAGGUUCAGCUCUGCUUGCAUUAAAAGGUGAAAAAUCACAUUAUGGUGUUGAUUCAAUAAAACGCUUGAUGGAUGCUGCUGAUGAACAUUUUUCAGUACCUGAAAGAGACUAUGUCUCACCAUUCCUUUUACCAAUUGAUAAUGCAAUCAAUAUUGCUGGUAGAGGAACUGUUGUUGUUGGUACACUCAAACGUGGUAUUAUCAAAAAAAAUGCAGUUGCUGAUCUGCUUGGAUUUGACAAUGAUACAAAAACAAGUGUAUCAGAUAUCCAGAUAUUUCAUAAGAGUGUAACUGAAGCCAAAGCUGGUGAAAAUAUUGGUGUUUUAUUAAGAGGGGUCAAGUUUUCAAAUGUAUUUAGAGGUAUGAUGUUGAGUGCUAAGGAUACUAUGGCAUCCAGCAAUCAUUUUGAAGCCCAAAUGUAUCUCCUUGAUACCUCAGAGGGUGGGCGAGUUCAUCCAUUACCUGCUGCUGGACAUUGUACACCAAUUUACAGUGCAACCUGGUCAGUGCAAACAAGAUUCGAUUUUUUGGUAGAAGGAUCAAGCAAUAUGUUGAUGCCCGGUGAACAGACAACAGCACGUUUAACACUUGUUAAAAAAAUGCCAAUGGUCGAGGGACAAUCAUUUACUGUUCGUGAAAAUAAAACUACUGUUGCAACUGGUGUUGUUACCAAAAUAUUAAAAUCCAUUCAUGUCGUUAAAAAUAAAAUGAAUGAAGUUGUUGUACGUGGGCUAAGUAAAGAUGAAAAACAAAAUAAAAAAAAAUAG